GAUUGGCAAGGAAUCCUACGAUAGAUUUUGAUGUUAACAAAUGGACAAAAGAUGAUACGGUAUUAAUGAAUAGUACCAUAGGAAAAUUCAUACCUUUAAUUCAAUUUUAUGAUUUGUCUGCCGAAGAUUUUUUUAAUAGGGUCUUGCCUUAUGAGGAAUUAAUAAUAAGAGAACUUAAGCAAAAGAUUCUCAAAGCUCAUAUUUUACCCGGAUCAGCCAAAACAGUACCGAAAUCAUUUAGAUCCUCAUCAGAUGAUCAAAUUGGAUAG